AUGUCGCAACCCAGCCUAUACAGCUCAAACAACCCGCCCAGCCUGCCCCAGGACAAGUUCCACGAAACGCUGGUCAACUACCAGGGCAAACUGAGAUCAGUACGCACCCAGGACAUCAAGCUAGGCACCACCUCCGUCAUCACGAUAGCCAGGAUCAAGAUCCCCGCGCCAGACAAAGUGUCCUCCCAUCUCAUCAAGCGCUUCGACACCAAUGCCAUCUCGGCCAGCUCCUUCUUCAAAUCUGCCUUCCCCCAUGCGACCGAGGAAGAAGAAGCAUGCCACAUGAACUACCUCCAGGAGAUCUACGAUACUCGCCGGGCCGGCGCUCUCGACCUGGGUCCUGAACACAGAUUGACUGGUGUCUGGGUACCGAUUGAGAACGCAGCUGAACUGGCCGAGGAAUAUGGUCUCACACGAUUCGUAGUCCCUCUGAUAGCCAUCCCCAACCCGAACCCGAGCCCUUCAUCACCUGCCGCGAUAAAGAACGCAGGAGAAAACGAGCCCUUAAGCACUCAAACGCCUAAAGCUAUUCACCCCUCCAAGCAGUCUGACCAGACACCGGUCACUCGUUCCUCCAAGCGAUCCAGGGCUGGGCCCCUGAGCUUCGGAAACACCAGUCCUUCGUCAUUCAACCUCAGCACCUUCAACAAACCGCCCACUGAGAUCAAGAAACCCAGCACUCAUGAUUCUAAGCCAACGGGCAUCACCGAUAAGGAUAAUGAGGAAAACUCCGCAUCGCAGACAGAUCCGGUCACUGCUGGUGGACAGAAGAAUUCGCCCAUCAAGACGACCACGACCGACGAGAAUAACGAGCUGCCUGAGCAUGCAGAGGAGACCGCCAGUCCACAGCUGAUUGGGACCGACGAGAUGGUCAAUAGAGCCAAACAAGAAGCGCUCCGGCUAGUCUCCGACUUGAAGAACUCACAAAUCAAUGUCCAGGCAGCCAAAGAAAGCCAAACUAAGGCCAUGGACGUCGAGAGCCGGACGAGCCCCGAAAAGACCGAUAAGCUGAACCGCAAACGCAGCGUGGAUGAAGUGUCAGCCGAGGAAGAGGGUGUCCAAGAGGCCGAAGAGACGCCGGAACGCUCGACGAGCAGAAGCUUCUUGCCUAAGCUGUUAUGGCGACGGUCCGCGACUCAGGCCCAGGCGAAUUCCAAGAAAGUUAAGCGAUUCAACCAGGCCGGCUCGGCCGGCAAAUCCUUUGCUCCUUUGCCGGCAAAUACGCCCGAUCCUUCAGCCGACCAGUCCUUGUCGCCGCUUAAUCCCAACAAACGCAACUUGGCUAUCGCUGGCAUCGUUAUCGCCGGCGCCGCAGCGUCCAUCGCCCCGUACUUCUUUUGA